CCCUCGUCUACGACUUAGCGGAACGUUCACCACCAGCUUUCGGCGCGCGCACCGGAGUGAAAUAAAGGUUGCACAACGUUGGGUUACAUGACCUGACUGAAGAUCGUUUGGUAAGAAAACGUCCAGAUUCACUGACCUGACGAUCGUGUGCAGGAAGAUGAUCAUUGACUCGAGAUGUCUACAACAGCAGGACGAGUUCUCUCCGGUGUGACACGCGUGUUUUUCAGCCACAGUUCCGGUGUGAGAGUGAACAGCGUGCGGUCAAUAGCUCUCAGCUCCCAGAGGGCGGCAAAAUCAACAAGGCCCACAGAUGAAGAUGCAGAGGAGGUGAAAAAUGAGCCCAUCAAGUUCUCUACCAGUAAAGCCAGUCACAGGACCUGGAAGGUCGACCGCUCCCUGGGCAGUCAGCAUCAGCGGCCCUGGUGGAAAGUCCUUCCCAUCAGCCUGGUUUUAACUGGCUUCCUUCUGUGGUGUGUUGCGAGGAAGGAGACGGACAUUGAUGCACAGCUGGAUAAGCAGCUGUAUGAGCAUUUACCUGGCUUGCUUUCAGAUGAGGAGGAAGAGCAAGUCAAUAAAUCGACUUAACAAAUGUGGAAUUUAAGAUGUAUAUAUUUUGGGUCUUAUUUAAUGUGAAAUGUGGUUCUGCAUUGAUGGUGGCACCAAAUCAUUGGUCCGAAAAUGCUGGAGGUGUGGUUAUGAAGCCGUCCAGUGCAUCAGUGAAGAUGAGUUUGGUUUGAUCAUGUUUGCCUUUUGUCAAGUUUCAUUUGAGUGAUCACAGAACAUGGAUUAAAAUAUGAUUUGAUGUUUGGUCUGA